CCGCGCCCGGGAGCCUCCCCCAGCCAGCCCGCGUCGCGGCCGGAGUGGAGCUGCACCUCCGGGGCAGGAGAGGAGCUCGGCGACGAGAUCCUCGAAGGGGACCGACUUGGGAAGCGCGGGAGGAGGAGGAGGAGGAGGAGCGGACGCGCGCAGCCGAAAGGGGUGGUGGCGCCCGGCUCCGCAGCCCGAAGGCCGAGUGCGGAGGGCGGCUCGGCCCUCGCGGCCAGCGGCAUGGCCUGGGGCUCGGCGCUGCCGCUGCGCGCCCCGGCCGUCUGGGCGGCCGCCGCCUUCCUGCUCUCCGUGCCCAGGAUCUCAGGUGAAGUGGAGGUGCCGGAUCCGAUUGACCCCUUGGGACCUCUGGAUGGCCAGGAUGGCCCCAUUCCAACUCUGAAAGGUUACUUUCUGAAUUUCCUGGAGCCGGUCAACAAUAUCACCAUCGUCCAAGGCCAGACAGCCAUUCUGCACUGCAAGGUGGCGGGGAACCCGCCCCCCAACGUGCGGUGGCUGAAGAAUGACGCCCCGGUCGUGCAGGAGCCGCGGCGCAUCAUCAUCCGCAAGACGGAAUACGGCUCUCGGCUCCGGAUCCAGGACCUGGACACGACAGACACCGGCUACUACCAGUGCGUGGCCACCAACGGGGUGAAGACCAUCACUGCCACAGGAGUCCUGUAUGUACGCCUCGGUCCAACGCACAGCCCAAAUCACAACUUCCAGGAUGACUACCACGAGGACGGGUUCUGCCAGCCCUACCGCGGCAUUGCCUGCGCACGCUUCAUUGGGAACAGGACCAUUUAUGUGGACUCUCUGCAGAUGCAGGGGGAGAUCGAGAACCGAAUCACAGCCGCCUUCACCAUGAUCGGCACGUCCACGCACCUGUCGGACCAGUGUUCCCAGUUCGCCAUCCCGUCCUUCUGCCACUUCGUGUUCCCGCUGUGCGACGCGCGCUCGCGGGCGCCCAAGCCACGCGAGCUGUGCCGCGACGAGUGCGAGGUGCUGGAGAGCGACCUGUGCCGCCAGGAGUACACCAUCGCGCGCUCCAACCCGCUUAUCCUCAUGCGCCUGCAGCUGCCCAAGUGCGAGCUGCUGCCGCUGCCCGACAGCCCCGACGCCGCCAACUGCAUGCGCAUUGGCAUCCCGGCCGAGAGGCUGGGCCGCUACCAUCAGUGUUACAACGGCUCCGGGGCAGACUACAGAGGAACCGCCAGCACCACCAAGUCGGGCCACCAGUGCCAGCCGUGGGCCCUGCAGCACCCGCACAGCCACCACCUGUCAAGUGCCGAUUUCCCCGAGCUCGGGGGGGGGCACGCUUACUGCCGGAACCCCGGAGGCCAGAUGGAAGGCCCCUGGUGCUUUACGCAGAAUAAAAACGUACGCAUGGAACUGUGUGACGUUCCCUCGUGUAGUCCCCGGGACAGCAGCAAGAUGGGGAUUCUGUACAUCCUGGUCCCGAGCAUCGCCAUCCCCUUGGUCAUCGCCUGCCUCUUCUUCCUGGUGUGCAUGUGCCGGAAUAAGCAGAAAGCAUCCGGGUCUGCCCCACAGCGCCGACAGCUGAUGGCCUCGCCCAGCCAGGACAUGGAAAUGCCGCUCAUCAGCCAGCACAAACAGGCCAAGCUCAAAGAGAUCAGCCUGUCCACGGUGAGGUUCAUGGAGGAGCUGGGAGAGGACCGGUUCGGCAAAGUCUACAAGGGGCACCUGUUCGGGCCUACCCCAGGGGAGCAGACCCAGGCAGUGGCCAUCAAGACGCUGAAAGACAAGGCCGAGGGGCCCCUCCGCGAGGAGUUCCGGCACGAGGCCAUGCUGCGGGCCCGGCUCCAGCACCCCAACGUCAUCUGCCUGCUGGGCGUGGUGACCAAGGACCAGCCCCUGAGCAUGAUCUUCAGCUACUGCCCGCACGGCGACCUGCACGAGUUCCUGGUCAUGCGCUCACCGCACUCGGACGUGGGCAGCACCGACGACGACCGCACGGUCAAGUCGGCCCUGGAGCCGCCCGACUUCGUGCAUGUCGUGGCUCAGAUCGCCGCGGGCAUGGAGUUCCUGUCCAGCCACCACGUGGUCCACAAGGACCUGGCCACCCGCAACGUACUCGUGUACGACAAGCUGGCCGUGAAGAUCUCCGACCUGGGCCUCUUCCGUGAGGUCUACGCCGCCGACUACUACAAACUGAUGGGUAGCUCGCUGCUGCCCAUCCGCUGGAUGUCCCCUGAGGCCAUCAUGUACGGCAAGUUCUCCAUCGACUCCGACAUCUGGUCCUACGGCGUGGUCCUGUGGGAGGUCUUCAGCUACGGCCUGCAGCCCUACUGCGGCUACUCCAACCAGGACGUGGUGGAGAUGAUCCGUAACCGGCAGGUGCUGCCCUGCCCCGACGACUGCCCGGCCUGGGUGUACGCCCUCAUGAUCGAGUGCUGGCAUGAGUUCCCCAGCCGGCGGCCCCGCUUCAAGGACAUCCACAGCCGCCUGCGCGCCUGGGGCAACCUCUCCAACUACAACAGCUCGGCGCAGACCUCGGGCGCCAGCAACACCACGCAGACCAGUUCGCUGAGCACCAGCCCCGUGAGCAACGUGAGCAACACACGCUACGUGGGGCCCAAGCAGAAGGCCCAGCCCUUCCCGCAACCCCAGUUCAUCCCCAUGAAGGGCCAGAUCAGACCCAUGGUGCCCGCGCCCCAGCUCUACAUCCCCGUCAACGGCUACCAGCCAGUGCCUGCCUACGGGGCCUACCUGCCCAACUUCUACCCGGUUCACAUCCCCAUGCAGACGGCCCCACAGCAGGUGCCCCCGCCAAUGGUCCCCAAGCCCAGCUCGCACCACAGUGGCAGCGGCUCCACCAGCACGGGCUAUGUCACCACGGCGCCCUCCAACACGUCCGUGGCGGACAGAGCAGCCCUGCUCUCUGAGGGCACGGAGGACACACAGAACGUCCCGGAAGACGUGGCCCAAAGCCCCGUGCAGGAAGCCGAAGAGGAGGAGGAAGGCUCCGUGCCAGAGACCGAGCUCCUAGGAGACAAUGACACUCUGCAGAUGGAGGAGGCGCAGGUGCAGCUGGAAGCCUGAGGAUCAUCAUCACACGGUUGGGGGCAGGAGGGGAGGGGACCUCGACCACCUCUGGGAAGACCAGGGGCCAGUGAGGCUGGUUGGCAGACUGGACGGCGUGAAACUCCGCUCCCAUCCUGUCCACACGGAGCUGCCGUCAGGAGCCGGCCUGGGACAUCUUGGGAAGCAGGACGCACAGUGCCCCGCCUUGCUGCCUGCGUUGACACAGUGGUCGCCAGGUUGUGCACAGGAAGUGCUUUGCAAGAAAAUCAAUGACUCAAAUAUUCUGAAGCGUUGGAAAAACAGGCCUGCAGAGGGCAGCCCAGAGGUGCCUGGCUCUUUUGAAAUUGCCAGCCUCCGACCUGUUGGCUUCUCUCCCGCUGCCUCCUUGCCCGCGAUGGGCUCAGCAGCCAAAGAUUCUCGGGAACAGGAUGCCGCCACCUGCCACCCGCUGGGGUCCCAGGAGAACGGGAUGUUCCCCGUAUUGAGACAACACGUGCCUUUAAAGAAACUGACACAAGUUCGUAUUUUUGUGAAAUGGUUUUAAUUAUACUGCAUCUGUAUCUUGCCCACUUUUCUGGAAAUCAAGGGAAAGUGUUUUGUGGGUUUAGAAUGUUCAAAGGAAGCAAUAUUGUACAGAACACACUGUUGUUAUUUUUUAAGAAUCAUGUACAGACCUUAAAUGUAAUUUAUAUGGGUUUUUUGUACGCCAUUUUCAUGGAAGUAUUUUGAUCUAAAAUAAUGGCUUAGUAAUUUAACUGUUUACGUUGUGCGUGGUGGGAUGCCAUCUGGCUGUACUCUGGUUUGCUUGUCUUAGUGUAAGUGAGGUCCGCCCAUUUCAGAGCCCCUGUGACACACGGGCCCACAGGUGCGCUGACUGUACCCUGUGCACCUGCUCCAUCCCGUUUGUAAACCCCACACCUGGUGUAGCCAAUAAAGUGAAACAGAACGUCUGGUC